AUGGCAAAUCGACAGUCUGGCAGCGUACCUGGCCAGCAAGAGGCAACGACAGCGCGCUUUGUGGUCGCCCUCGGAGGCGUGCCUGGAUCGGGCAAAUCCUAUCUGAGCGAGCGCAUAGUGGAUGCGGUCAACGCCAUUUGUGGCACAGAUGUGGCCAUGGCCGUAUCCAUGGACGGCUUCCAUCUGACCAAGCAGCAGCUGCUGGCUAUGGACAACCCCAAGCUGGCAAUGCUGCGGCGCGGCGCCCCAUGGACAUUCGACGCCUGCGCAUUCGUUGAUUUGGUUAAGCAGCUGCGCGAGCAUCCUGACUCCACGGUGCUCGCGCCAUCCUUUGAUCAUGCCGUGGGCGAUCCCAAGCAGAACGACAUUGCCAUCGAACCACGCCACCGUAUCGUCGUAAUCGAAGGGCUGUACGCCCAUGUCAACGAGAUGCCGUGGUUGCAGGCCCACCAGUAUUUCGAUGAGUCAUGGUGGGUUUGCGCAGCCGACGAGCAGGUGUGCUAUGAGCGCCUGAUCAGCCGGCAUGUUGCUGCGGGGCUGGCUGCCGACCGCACACAGGCUGUGCAGCGGAUUUCUGCCAACGACGCCUAUCAACGGCGGCCCUCCAAGAUCAUAUACAACUGA